UAAUGAAACUAAGAAAACUUCGGCAGGAAAACACUGACUCAUUUCGGGAGCUGAAGAGCUCUUUAUACUGGAUAGAGUCAUCUAUGGAGGACUUGGAGAAACGAAUGGAGGGGCUGGAAAGAAGAUUGACUGAAGCGGAGGACAGAGUAAGAGCAACGGAGGACAGAAGCAUACGGCAGGAGAAAGCACUGGGAUAUUUGUUGGAAAGAGAAGCCAUCCUCACGGCUAAAUGUGACAACAUGGAAAAUAGACUCCGCUGUAAUAACAUCAAGUUGUAUGGCGUUCCAGAGGGAGCGGAAAAAGAAGACAUGAUAAACUUUAUCACAGACCUCCUGAGCACCUCUUUAUAGUUCCAAGAAGAAGUUGUUAUUAAACUAGAAAGAGCACACAGAGCGUCAGGUCAGAAGCCUAAAGCCGCAGCGGCGCCCCCAAGAUUAAUCAUAGCCCGGUUUUUGGACAUUAAUGUAAAACAAAAAGUGCUUCUACAAGCUUGGAAACAAAAAAACAUAUGGUACCCAGGGCACAUGAUUUAUUUCAACUAUGACUACUCAUCUGAGUUACAGAAAAAAAGGAAAAAAGUCCGAGAGGUAAUAAAAAAGCUAAAAGAGAAGAAUGUCAGGGCCCAGUCACCGUACCCAGCCCAGCAGAAACUCUUCCUGAACGAGGGCAUAAAAUUAUUCCCCCCACUUCUAGCAGCGCAUUCUACACUGAAAGAACUCGGCAUUGAAUCACCUUUGGAGGACAGAGAGAUACUGGAACAGUAGCUGACACGAGACGGAUGGACAACUCAGGGAAAGAAGAGAAAGAGCCAACAGCUGAACCCUGCUGAGAUCACAGCCAUUAUCCAGGGUGAUAACAGAGAGAAGGGAGCCCUUUGCUGUGAGUGAGAUCGCCAUAUCAAGUCUAGAACUGGAUGAGAGGCACGAAUGAAAGUAGAGGCUGGAGAGGUCACGCUGUACUCUUCUCAAGGAGUACAGUUGAGCAACCUGAAGGACCACCAGGUGUUACUGACAUUGCAAGACAGGAAGCUCACUAUGACAAUAGAUGGUCUGUUUUCAACAUACGUUCCAGCAGAUGUUGAUGAGGAAAGGUUGAAUAUUGACCUUGGUAUUUGGCUUGGAGGAACCAAUGACCUGGACACCACCUACCUCAGCAAUGCUAUCCCGCCUUUCCGUGGUUGCAUGAGCGACGUUAAAUUUGAAUCCAAUCGGUUUAACAUUCUCCAUUUACAAUUUAAACAGUGCCAUAACACCAAGGAAUCUUGCAGCAGUGAGUUUGAACAUUCGGAUGGGGAGGCAAUCAGUUUUAGCACCCCAGAUUCUUUUGUGUCCUUCCCAACAUGGAGUGGAUCUAGUCGUGCUCCAAGGACACUAGAGUUUCUAAUGAAAACCACCAUAGAGGAUGCUUUACUUGUUUUCCACCAUGGCCAAGAGUCAGACCAUAUUGCUGUUGGUGUUGAAAAAGGCCAUCUCAAAGGUGUUCUGGAUGUUGGAGAUGGUAUGAAGUUCCUCGAUAAUACAAAGGUGCAGUUGGAUGAUGACCAGUGGCACAGAGUCAAGGUUCAGGUUCGCCCAGACAUGUUUAUUCUUAAUGUAGACAGCCAGUCAUCCUCCAUUCUUCUCAACUCAUCACAAAAACUGGAUUUGGUAGGAAACAUGUAUUUUGGAGGCAUCAUGGGAACAAUGAAAGAAUUCUUUCGAGAAAGUGGGUCCUUGGGACGCUUUGAGGAAUACAUUACAUCUGAGUCUUUUAUUGGAUGCUUUGGGGAAAUAAAAGUAAAUCAAAAGGAUAGAACCCUGCAGGAUGCAUUGGUGACCAAAGAUGUUCAUUUAAAAUGUGAAGGAGAUGACUAUGACUACUCAAGUUAUUAUGAUACGGAACUAACAACUAUUUCCCCAGCCAUCAUCAUUCGAUAUGCUGAUCCUAAAAUAAACAAGCAAGAUUGUCAUCCAACAGAUUCUGAACCGGAAGUGUUCAGAAAUGUAACAGCAUUUCUCAGAAUCACCCCCUUGCAAGUACCUGAAGGCGGAGAAACCUAUCUUGAUAUCAACAACCUGAACCCUACUUUUGACCUCAGUGCGGCAGGAUUACACCAAUCUCAAAUUAUCUUUACCCUUCAGAGUGAUCCCUGGUAUGGCCUGGUUGAUAUUAACAUCAACCAGGCCAUACCAACAAAAUUCACCCUGCUGGAUGUGGUCAACAAGAAAAUUAAGUACAUGCACGAUGGAAAUGAAAGAACUGAUGAUCAGAUCCAAUUGGAUGUAAUUGCUCAGAGUGACAGCUACCUUCCAGAGUGCUUAAAAACCCAAAGUUAUUCACUUCCAGUUAUAAUUAUUCCAGGCAGCUCCUUACCAGAAGUCACUGUAGAACAAAUUAGUAUCACAGAAAAGGGAAGGUCUCAUUUGAGUCCCAGUCUUCUCAAAAUAAGUCAGUCAGACUCCCGCUGUGACCAGUUAGUAAUAACUGUAACCUCAGGUCCUUCUUUUGAUUUUGGUUACCUCGAAAAUGGUCAGCAACUAGGAAGAAGAAUCUCUGAGUUUACAUGCAGAGAACUGAGAGAUGGAAAUAUCUAUUUUUUACACAAAGCAGGUGCUACCAGUGAAAUUACAUUAAAAGUAUCUGAUGGCGGGUCAGUAACUCAGUCAAGCACUUUUAUGUUUGUGGCGACACAACCAGACGUGGUCAUUGUCAGCAACACUGGCCUUAGUUUGGUCCAAGGGAGCAAUGCAUCCAUAGGGAUUCAGAAUCUGGCUGUUAUUCCUCAUCCUCGUAAUGGGGAUAUUACAUAUAACAUCACACAGCCUCCAGUUUUAGGAGAAUUAAGAAUUAGGACAAGUGAUGGCAUCUACAAGCAAGCUACAAGUUUCCAUCAGUUUCAUCUGGAUCGAGAGCUAAUAAGAUAUUUUAGCACAGAUGCAAGUGACCAAGAAAGCAGUGAGGUGGAUAAUAUUCAGUUUGAUGUCCAUUUGGGGGAGUUUUCUCUUUUAAAUAACCUCUUCCUUGUUGAGAUCCAACCUCCCAAAGUGAAAGUUUCAUACCUGGAACUUUUGGAAGCCAAUGUUGGAGAGAAGCAUACAAUCACAACGCUUCAGGCAGAAGUGCAGGGCAAAAGCCCAAAUCCGCAAACAAUUAAAUACAUCCUUGUCAAGCCUCCUGCACUAGGUAGUCUCCAGAUAUCAGACAAAGAGUUGAACGAGGGUGACAUGUUCACACAGAAGGACAUUUUGGACAAUGCUUUGAGUUAUAUAGUACGGAUGCAAGAAGUUGUGGAUAAUUGGGACCAGUUUCAGUUUAGAGUCUUUGCCGAGGAUCAGUACUCUCCUUUAUACACCUUCUCAGUCAGCAUACUUGCCAGUUUGGAUGAAUAUGUUUUGACAAAUAAGGAGCUGGUGGUUAAGCAAGGAGGUGAGGUAAUUUUGAACGAAAAAUAUCUCUGGUUGCAGUCUCCAAGUUCCUCAGACUUUUUGUAUAAGAUCACACUAGAGCCAAAGCAUGGACGACUCAUAAGGGAUUCCCCACGCGGUGUGCCUAGAUUUGAUGGGGCAAUUAGAUAUUUUAGUAAUGAAGAUCUUGAAUCUCACAAGCUGAUUUACAAGCAUGAUGGCUCCAGGACUACCAGUGAUGAGUUCCAUUUUUCAGCAACUCAGGAAGGUUCGGACACUCAAAAAACGGUGACCGGCAUCUUCAAAGUACAGAUCCAAUUCAAGAAUGAGCAUGCACCGGUGAGGAUUGUGAAUAACGUUUUCAAUGUGGUCCGUUAUGGUCAGCGCUUGCUCACAACUGAUGUCAUUCAAUUUAAAGAUGAUGACUCGAAUUUCAAUGACACACAAAUUGUCUAUGCAAGAGAAGGUAUUCUUUCAGGCAACAUCAUGUCAGUAUCCAAUCCAUCGCAGCCUGUUUUCCGUUUCACACAAGCUGACCUAAGAGACAAGAACAUCUUAUUUGUUCACCAUGGAGCAGAUCGGGAACAGUUUCCCCUGCAAGUUUCAGACGGCUUCCAUAAAACUACUGCACUUCUUCAGAUCCAAGCUGGUGAUCCCUACCUGCGAAUAGUAACCAACACAAUGACCGUCAUUGACCAUGGAAGUACCAAGACCCUUGAUACCAACCUGUUGAGUGCAGACUCCAAUAUGGACAUCAGAGAUGACAGAGAGAUUAAGUUUGAUGUUACAGCACCCCCCAUCGAUGGCAGGAUUAUUGUGAGUGGGAUUGAAGCCUCAGAAUUCACCCAGGAGGACUUGAAAAAAGGAGUUGUGUCAUAUGAGCACAAUUAUGAAAGCCUCAAUGCCAAGGAUUCCUUUGGUUUCACUGUCCGAGCAAAAGGACAUUCAGACGACGGCACAUUUAAGAUUAAAAUAUUCAAGCAAGGUCACCUUUCAGAGCCAGAGGUGAUAACCAAUGAGGUCAUCAUUUCCUAUGAGGGAGAGCACACCAUUAUCAGCCAGGAUCAUCUCAAGGUGGAGCAAGCGGAUAUCCUUCCCACAGAAAUGAUUUUCACACUGAAAAGAUUACCUGAGCUUGGUUAUGUGGUCAUGCUGAAAAACAGUUCAGAGGUCACAGCCUCCCCUGUCCUCGACUACAUCAACUCUUUUUCUCAGGAAGACAUUGAUCAGGGCCGUGUCUUGUACGUGUCUGCAUCUUUCCAGGGACGGGACAGUUUCAUGGUGGAUGUGAGCAAUGGUUUCGGCACAGUGGAGGACUUGACCAUCAUGGUAGAUAUCAUGCCCCGAUUUAUACCCAUCCAGACGUCCAACUUUUCCGUGAAGGAAGGCCUCAGUCGAAUAAUCAACGAGGAGAUUCUGAACAUUUCGCAUCCCUUCUAUAGCGCAGCAAACAUCGAUUUUACUUUGGUAGAGCUUCCACAGCACGGCGAAAUCCGUAGUCUGGAAGGAGAUGAGCUGUCUUACUUCACAUGGCAUGAUGUGAAACUUGGACAGGUCGUCUACAUGCACGACAGCAGUGAGACUAAAGAGGACAGUUUUACACUCUCUGCCUCGUCUUAUGAGAUUGAUCGGCGGAGUCACGCUGUCACCAUCUCAGUUGCUAUCAUACCGGUGAACGAUGAGCCGCCAAAAAUGGCACGCAACAACGGCCUGGAGGUUCUCGCCGGUGAGCAAGCUGUUAUCACCGCCAGUAUGCUGAGCACAGAGGACGCCGACACCCCUGCGGAGGAACUGGUUUACCACAUAGAAAUGCCAACCAAUGGGGUGGUGGCAUUAAAAGAAGAGCCAGGGGAGAGUAUUCAAAAUUUCUCACAGGCUCACAUAAACAGAGGGGAGAUCAUCUUCAUCCAUGAGGGUGAAGAGUCUGGUGAGUUCAGUUUCACAGUGACAGAUGGAGAGCACACAUCUCCUCUCUAUCGAUUUGUCAUCAGGGCCAGGCCUCACACCAUCACCUUGGAAACGGGGGAGGAACUCGUAGUGUUUCCAGGAACACGGCAGCCUAUCAAAAGUGCCAACCUUGGAGUUGCAACCAGUGAAGAUGGGACUGACGCAAGCUUCCUGCUGAUCCGCCCGCCUCGUUUGGGAAGGCUCAUCUUGGCCAAUGGCCCGAACCAGUUUGAAGAAAUUCACUUAUUCUCACAGUCACAGUUGGAUUCUGGAGUGGUCUACUAUGAGCACCAGCUGCCCACCGAGCCUUUCUGGGUGGUGAGGGACUCCAUGGAGUUCACCAUGUCAGCCCAGCAGUCUCCAAAUGUCCGUUAUGUCCUGCCCAUCACUGUCUCCUACUACGCUGCUCACAGCAACAUUUCCUCCCAGAUGUGGAGGAACAAAGGGCUUGAAAUUGUCCAGGGCCAGAGGAAAUCAAUUGACAGUUCAAUUCUUGAUGCCUCCAACCUUCUGGCAAGUCUACCUCAAGAAAAGCAUAGUGACGUGGCUGUUGUGUUUGAAAUAAAGCGUUUCCCAAUUCAUGGUCGUGUCACCUUGGGGGGUGAGGACCUACCCCGUAACACUCCAAUCUUCACGCAAGAAGAAGUGUCUCAGGGGAGGCUGGAGUAUCUCCAUGAUGACUCGGUAGCUGCCUAUGACAGCUUUGCUUUCAGGGCCCGUCUGAAGUCAGAGGGUCGGGAUUUGGCCUCCCCUGCUGAGUCUGUAAUCCUGGAGGAGAUCUUUCAUAUUUCAAUCAAAAGACGUGGUUCUGACCCCCCCGAAUUAGUCACUACAGAUAUGCUUCUGGAGGUUCUCCAAGGCUCUAGGACCUUCCUAACCCAGAAGCAUCUCAAUACCCAAGACGAAGACAGUGCACCAGAUGAAGUGCUCUUCAAGGUCAUCACAGCACCCCGUAAUGGUUAUAUCUUCAACUAUAUUACAUCAGAAAGCAUCUCUGAGUUCACUCAAGAAAUGAUCAAUCGUGUAGAGGUGACCUUCCAAAGCGAUGGCACCCUUGCAAACGGAUUUGUGGAAUUCACUGUAUCAGAUGGUGAGCAUGAAACAGAGCCAUACACACUGCACAUUGGUGUCUUGGCUCACACCCUGCUUCUUGAUCAGGUCCCUGAGAUCAAGGUACUGCAGGGAGACGAUCACACUCUUGUGACUGAGGAGAUGUUGAUGGCCUAUACAGGAGGCCCUGUAGAGGAGGACAUACUUUACAAAAUCACCAGUACCCCAAAAUAUGCAGCUGUCAUGGUAGACAGGCAGCCCACAUCUGCCUUCACCCAGAAACAGAUCAAAGAAGGCCGGGUCAGUGUUCGCUUUGUCAAGUCCACUUCACCCAGAGACAGUGUGUCUUUUACAGCCCGCAGCCGGGCUGCCAAUGUUUCCUCUGUCCUUAACAUCACCGUCCAGCCUCUGGCCAAAAUCGCUCAGCAUCCUAUGUUACCUCAGGGUUCACUUGUCCAACUGGACAGAAAGCUUCUGGAUGCAACUCCACUGGCCAAUAAGACCAGAGCCUCACCCACAUUCACAGUCAUCCAGCAGCCAAGAGGAGCUCGGGUUGUGAAGUCUAGGGGUCCUGAUGCUGGUCAGCCCAUGCAGACAUUCACCCAAAAGGAUCUGGAUGAAGGUCGCAUAGCAAUAGAAAUACUAAAUAAUGCCUCUGGAUCAAAACCUGGGGCUGGUCAGGAUGAAGCUCGGUUCCUGCUCAAAGCCCAUGGAGUCCCUCCAGCAGAAUGUGUGUUUUCUUUCCAGACGAGCUCUUACAAUCCCUCUGCAGUUUACCCAGCCACUCUGCUGAGGAUUCCUGAUAAUGCACAAGUCCAUAGAGCCCAAGGAGAUUUCACCACUGCAUCCCCUGGCUCUAGUACAAAUGGGAAACCACACAUUUCCCGCCGUGGCAACUUUUGGUCUGUCUUCAUCCCCAUCCUAGUUGUUCUCCUUCUUUUGCUUCUGGCAGGUGUCUUGGCCUACUAUCUAAUCCGUAAAAACAAGACGGGCAAACACAACGUCCAGACAGCAGCCUCCAAGCCCAAAAACGGAGAGGUGGCCACAGCAGAAACCUUUCGCAAAACUGACCCGGCCAAUAACAUACCUAUGUCCAACGUGGACUCCAAAGGUGCAGAUCCAGAGUUGUUGCAGCACUGUCGGACAACGAACCCGACCUUGAAAAAGAACCAGUACUGGGUUUAAAACAAUUUGAUUUGGACAAAGAAAGAGGUGGACUUCAUUCAUGUCAGUUUAAAAAAGAUUUUUCUUCUACAAUUUAAAUCAAACACACCUUUGUGUCAAUUUUCCAUUGACUUAUCUCAGAACAGCUGUGGACAAAUUCUCAGGCAAGAAAACACUGAACACAUAUUGGCACCUCCUACAUUGGAAGGGCUCAUGCCUUGUCUAUUUAUUUCCAUUUCAACAUUCCUCAAUGUCAAAGAGCACAAAUGAAAACAUGAACACGCAAAGUGUUUGCAAAAACUAUUUUUGAUGUGCUUGACUAUUGUAUUUAAUACCUUUUAGGCAAACAUUCCUUAUGCUAAUAGGUAUUUAUUUCCUAGUUGUUUUUUUUACUGAUUUCAGUUUUAUCCAGAUAUUUGAUCAACACAAACAUGAAUAAAAAGGGAAAUAUACCCUCACCUGCAACUUCUUUAAGCACAGAAAAUCAUAACCAUCUCUUGUUUACAGAGAAUGGUCUGAAAAAGAGAAAAUAUCCAGUGAGAGGCUUUUGUGUGCAUGAAAAUGACUUUUUCAUGUCGGAGGUCAAGGGAGAAUUGGCAGGUUUGUUAUCAUAGAAAAUAAACUGUGGCUCAAAUAACCAACAGUAGCUUGCUAUAAAUGAGGUAUCAUCUCAAAACCGUGAAGCAGGUGAUACACCAGUAGAAUAUCACACUCGGUGCCCCUCCUUUCAGCUAAGAGCACGCUUAACAAAAUUGGACAACAAGAGAUUGAAGUGAUGUUUCCUGGUCUGAUUAGUUUUUGUUUCACCUAUGGCAUGAAGAUGAUGGGUUGUAAUUUGGUUGAACCACAUGGAAACAUGUAUUUAAGCUGCCUUAUUUGGUUCAGGCAGAUGGUGGUAGUGUGAUGUGUGGGGAAUAUUUCCCUUGUACACUUUGGGCUUCUUGGUGCCAGUUGGCCACCAUUUAAAUGCCCCUCCUACCAAAGUAUUGCUCCCGACCAAUAAAUGUCAUCACUUUAUAAUUAGCAAUGUACGUGUCUUGUGAUAACUAGCAGGAUAGUUCACGGUGUCAAAAAGCUGAAAUCUUUUCAAGCACGUUUGAACAUGACAAUGAGUACUCCAGUGUACUCCAAUGGCCUCCACAAUCACAAGGUCUCAAUCCAGUAAAACACCUUAGUGACGUGGUGGAACAUUAGAGGCUUGGAUCAUGGAUCUGCAGCCAACAAACCUCCAUCAACUGUGUGAUGCUGUCAUGUCAAAAUCUCUGAGGUAUGUUUAACCUUUUGAAUUUAAUCUACAUCGAAAACAAUUAAAGCAGAUCUAAAGGCAAAAGACAGUCCGACUCUAAUAAAGUAGCUGCUGAGUAUAAGGUGCCUUUUAUUAGUUUUGCUUUAUUUUUUAAAAGCUAAACUCAAUUAUGUUUCUACGUCCUAUCUCAGGUAUUCAGCUUAAAGAUAAACACUUAGAUAAUAUUCGCUUGCUGUCUAACAAAGCAGUAAAAUGAAUACCACUUUCACAGCUAUAUGUAAACACCAUUCUAUCACAUUACAACUUUUAUCAAUGAAGCUAAGGGCUUUUCCCAUGAAAUGCUUUCAUGCUAAAGCUAAGCUAACACUUUCUAGUACCUAACUCAGUUUAGUGCCUAAGUCAGUUGAGCAAAACUAAGCUAAUGCUCUUCCAAUUGUAACCAUAAGUGAGAAGCAUAUGUUUAAAAGUAGAAAGGAGUUGAAACAAAGCACUUGAAGCCAAAUUGCACAGAUUUAAUCCACUUUAGCUCUUGGUCAGGUCAACAUCUAUCAAAUUUUAUUGUGUCUAUGUGCUUCCAAAGAGCUUGUAAAUAUUUACUGCACUGGCGGAGCACUGACUGCGUAACCACCCAUGGCAGAACAGAGACAUUGCUCUGGUCCUGUAAUAUUACUCUGAAUCACCUCCUUUCUGGCUGCCAGAAUAAAGUUAGGUCAUCUCAAACUUAAAGGUUGCCAUUUUCCAAGACUCAAAACAUAACUUCAACUGAAAAUGACUAUUAAAAUAUUCAGCUUGUCGGGUUUUGUUCAUUUUAAAUGACUCAAAGUGAUCAAUUAUUCUUAUCAUAAAUAUUCCUUAUUUUAGCCUAGUUGAAUAUACAGUUUGGAAGAAAUCAUCCCUUUUUUACUUGUUUUGCAUGUUAAAGCUUAAACAAUGUGCUACUGUAAAUCACAAUCAUUUCCUGCUAAGGUUUCAGUAAUCUGGCCUGUUGACUGUGGUACUACUGAAGGUCAAGAUAAAAUUGUACGGUUAUGAUUUCAGAAAAUGUUGUUGAUUCAUCUAUAAAAACAGACUAGAGAGAAAUUAUUUGCUAUACAUUAUUUCCUUACGUUUUCCAGAGUUGCCUUGUUUUUCACAAGCCAAAUAGUGAUUUUGCAGUAUUUCUUUUGUCACCCAGUUUUGGUUGUUUAAUAGUCUUUUUUUCCUCUUUAGCAGCAAUUAUAGGGAGAUAUGUUGUAUUUCAGUGAUAUACUUACCUAAAACACAACUUCCUUCCUCAGAAUAUCACAUUUCCAACCUCUGUGGUUUAUGUGUAAAUAUUGUGUUUUCGAAAAAGUUUUUGGGUUUCUAGGGUCCCAUAUAGGAAUAUAAACUUUAAAAGAACAAGUAAUUACAUUAAAAGUGACUGUUCAGCUUUGAUAUAUGUAUGGGUUUGUGCAUAAUUUGUAUGUUUCACUCAUGUUGUUAAAUUUACUGCAGCAUUUUAUCACUAUGUCCUCGCAUUUGUCGUUAUUUAUUAUGUCGGUCACUCCCUGUUCAUCAGUUCAUUUUUAUAUGUGCUUUGUUCUUCUAUUUUCCGCUGAUAUUUUUUUUUUAAAUGUUCCUGGACCAAAUGCAAUGUUAGGACUACCAUAUGUCUCUGAGUCUGUUUCAGGCACUAAUGAAAAUAAAAUGCUGACACAACAAA